AAGUUGUAAAUCCAUAAAACUCCGCCAGCCACUUAUGUGCUCUUUAGCCAAGAGCUUAGUAUAUAAAGUCCGCCAAAGAAGUUCUAAGGUAUCAGUUCGAGCUCAGCUUUUGUUCCAUCAACAACCAAUAAACCUCAAACCCCCUCAAUCACAACAAAAUGUUCAAAUUCGUUGCCAUUUUCGCCACCCUUUGCUUGGCCGCCACUGCCGUCUCCGCUGGUAUCUUGGAAACCCAUCAUGUUGUCCAUGAACCCGUUGUAGCCAAGGUAGGACAUGUUGUGCACUCUGCUCCCUCAGCUGUGUCCCAUCAAAGUAUUACCCAAGUCCACAACAAGGCUGUCGUACAACCUGUCUACACUCCCGUGGUGAAGACCACCGUCCAUGCUGCUCCCGUCGUUAAGACCGUCCAUCAUGUUGCCCCUGUUGUCAAGACUGUUCACCAUGUUGCUCCCGUUGUCAAGACUAUCCACGCACCAGUUGUCCAUCAUGUUGCUCCCGUUGUACACUCUGUACCAGUUGUCCACUCCGUUCCCGUUGUGCACUCUGCUCCUUUGGUCUCUCUCCAUCAUCAUCAUUAGAGGAUGUGCGAAAAUG